UUUUUUUUUUUUUAUUAUUAUAUCUUCACUCGAGUUCUAAGCAGUUGGGUGUCAUAAGGGUUUGGAUGGGAACGGAGAGGAAGAGGAAGGUGAGCUUGUUUGAUGUGGUAGACGAGACAUCGGUCUCAGCGAAGUUAGCCAAAUCAAACGGUGCUGGAGCCACGAUGAACAAUAACAAUAGUUUGAUUAAUCGAUGGAAUGGGAAGCCUUACUCGCAGAGGUAUUACGAGAUACUGGAGAAGCGUGCAACUUUGCCCGUCUGGCAUCAGAAGGAGGAUUUUUUGCAGGUCUUGAAAGCCAAUCAAGUUCUGAUAUUGGUCGGUGAGACUGGUAGUGGGAAAACUACUCAGAUUCCUCAGUUUGUAUUGGAAGCUGUUGAUAUAGAAACCCCUGAUAGACGUAGGAAGAUGAUGGUUGCGUGCACCCAGCCUCGUAGAGUGGCUGCAAUGUCUGUUUCUCGGCGUGUUGCAGAAGAAAUGGAUGUAGCUAUUGGAGAAGAGGUUGGUUAUAGCAUCCGUUUUGAAGAUGUCAGCAGUGCAAGAACAGUUUUGAAGUAUCUAACAGAUGGUAUGCUUUUAAGAGAGGCAAUGACUGAUCCGCUUUUGGAACGAUACAAAGUAAUUAUUCUUGAUGAGGCUCAUGAAAGGACGUUGGCCACAGAUGUGCUAUUUGGUCUUUUGAAAGAAGUGUUGAAAAAUAGGCCUGAUCUGAAACUAGUUGUCAUGAGUGCAACUCUUGAGGCUGAAAAGUUCCAGGGUUAUUUUAAUAGUGCACCACUCAUGAAGGUUCCUGGUAGGCUUCAUCCAGUGGAAAUUUUCUAUACUCAGGAACCGGAGAGGGACUAUCUGGAGGCAGCUAUUCGAACAGUUGUGCAGAUACACAUGUGUGAACCUCCAGGGGACAUACUUGUUUUUCUAACUGGAGAGGAGGAAAUUGAAGAUGCAUGCCGCAAAAUAUCUAAGGAGGUUGCUAAUUUGGGUGACCAAGUGGGCCCUGUAAAAGCAGUGCCUCUGUAUUCCACUCUUCCUCCAGCUAUGCAGCAGAAAAUAUUUGAACCUGCUCCACCUCCACUUAAAGAAGGGGGACCUCCUGGAAGGAAGAUUGUAGUCUCUACAAACAUCGCAGAAACUUCUUUGACCAUAGAUGGAAUAGUUUAUGUGAUUGAUCCAGGGUUUGCUAAACAAAAGGUUUAUAAUCCACGAGUGCGCGUGGAGUCCUUAUUGGUAUCUCCAAUAUCAAAAGCAAGUGCACAUCAGCGAUCUGGGCGUGCUGGAAGAACUCAACCGGGUAAAUGUUUUCGUCUCUACACUGAGAAAAGUUUCAAUAAUGAUCUUCAGCCACAGACCUAUCCAGAAAUAUUGCGAUCAAACCUAGCAAAUACAGUGCUUACCUUGAAGAAACUGGGCAUAGAUGACCUGGUACAUUUUGAUUUUAUGGACCCCCCUGCUCCUGAGACACUGAUGCGAGCAUUAGAAGUGUUAAAUUACUUGGGAGCACUUGAUGAUGAUGGAUACUUGACAGAUCUUGGGGAAAAGAUGAGUGAAUUUCCAUUAGAUCCUCAGAUGUCAAAGAUGCUUGUUGAGAGUCCAAGAUACAACUGCUCGAAUGAAAUUCUUUCAGUUUCUGCCAUGCUUUCAGUACCCAAUUGCUUUGUCCGGCCUAGGGAGGCUCAGAAGGCUGCAGAUGAAGCAAAAGCUAGGUUUGGGCACAUCGACGGGGAUCACCUGACGCUCUUAAACGUAUACCAUGCUUACAAGCAAAACAACGAGGAUCCAUCUUGGUGCUAUGAAAAUUUUGUCAAUCACAGGGCAUUGAAGGCUGCUGAUAAUGUUAGACAACAGCUGGUUCGCAUCAUGUCACGGUUCAACCUCAAGUUAUGCAGCACUGAUUUUAAUAGCCGGGACUACUAUGUCAACAUCAGAAAGGCUAUGCUAUCUGGAUAUUUCAUGCAAGUAGCUCACCUGGAACGCACUGGACACUAUUUGACAGUUAAAGAUAACCAUGUGGUACAUUUGCAUCCAUCAAAUUGCCUGGAUCACAAGCCAGAGUGGGUCAUCUAUAAUGAAUAUGUUCUUACCAGUCGGAAUUUUAUCCGUACAGUUACGGAUGUUCGUGGUGAAUGGCUAAUUGAUAUAGCACCACACUACUACGAUCUUACAAACUUUCCCCAAUGUGAGGCCAAACGUGUUCUUGAGAAGCUUUACAGGAAGCGGGAGAAGGAGAGGGAGAACCGAAAAUGAAAGUAUGAAUAUUAUUGUAUUCCAAGAUGAGAUGGGAGUCGUGUUUUGAGAGCUAUAUAAUAUAUUAAUUAUAUGACCUGUAGAAGAACUUGUUAAAUUCUAUGUACCAUUUCCUACAAUUGGGAGAUCCUACUGACCUUUUCAUUUGUAGAAUCAGCCCUUCAGUUUGUUUUUUGGGAUAUGAUUGGAGUUCAAUUGUUUUUCAUCAUUUGGUUA